AACCCGGCCACUAGUUUACAUUAAGUUGAUUGAUAGUUUACCUUGAAAACUUCCUUCCCUUUGACAAGCAGCUCAAUGUCUCUGGAUCCCAAAUGGCACUUGACCUCUUUACCAGACGUCCCAUGAGGCACAUUGACUUCGAUAAAAACUUCCUCCAUGGUCUGAUACCAGGAGCCCCAGGGCGUCUGGCAGGGGACAACGCCGCUCCUCUCCUCGAAGUGCACCGACAUGCUGCGGCUUCACACACGGCUGACAGUCUUGGUAGUGUAUUUGGAAUUGAGAAGAUUUACUCGGACAACAUCACUCUCAUUUUGGAUCGACUUUUGGAUGGUUAUGACAACAGACUACGACCAGGAUCUGGAGGUGGUGUUACGGAGGUGAAAACAGACAUCUUUGUCACCAGCUUUGGACCUGUUUCAGAUGUUGAGAUGGAAUACACCAUGGACAUGUUCUUCCGUCAGAUGUGGGUUGAUGAGCGGCUAAAAUUUGAGGGCCCCCCUGAAGUCCUGCGACUGAACAACCGCAUGGUAGACAAAAUCUGGACGCCAGACACUUUCUUCCAAAACUCCAGGAAGUCAAUUUCUCAUAACACGACCACACCUAACAAACUCUUCCGCAUCAUGCAGAACGGGACUGUCCUCUACACCAUGAGGCUAACCAUUGGCGCAGAGUGUCCAAUGAGGCUGAUGGACUUCCCUAUGGACGCUCACUCCUGUCCUCUCAGGUUUGGAAGCUAUGCCUACACGAGCAGUGAAAUCCUUUUCACUUGGAGGAAGGGACCAGUAGCCUCUGUCGAGUGUCCCGCUGAGUCCAUGAGUCUUCUGCAAUAUGACCUGGUGGGACAGACUUUGUCCAGUGAAAUAUUCAAAUCAAACACAGGUCACUACUCUGUGCAGGUGGUCCAUUUCCACCUCAAACGGAAGCUGGGCUACUACCUUAUACAGACUUACGUUCCUCUUAUAAUGGUUGUUGUGCUGUCACAAGUCUCUUUUUGGAUCAACAAAGAGUCUGUUCCUGCACGCACAGUUGCUGGCAUCACCACAGUGCUGACCAUGACCACCUUGAGCAUCAGCGCCCGUCAGUCACUUCCCAAAGUAGCCUAUGCCACCGCCAUGGACUGGUUCAUUGCUGUGUGUUUUGCCUUUGUGGCGUCGGCUCUCGUUGAAUUUGCAGCAGUAAACUACUUUGCCACCCUCCAGGCCAACCGUCUGAAGAAGCAGAAAGCUAGACGAGAAAGGUUUGAGGUGUUAGAUACCGGCAGCGAUGAUGAAAACACAAUUUCGUUGGACAGCAGCCAUCAGGAAGACCUGAAGAGGAGAAACCACUCAGUGUGUCGCAGUGAGCCAGGAGAAGCUUCACGGGUGCCGAUUUUCCUCCAGCAGGGCUCAGCUUUUCCUCAAAUCCCGCAGCUGGCUGGCACCAGCCCCAUCGACAAGUACGCCCGCAUCCUCUUCCCCCUGGCCUUUGCGCUCUUCAACCUAGUCUACUGGUACAUCUACCUGGCCAAGGACACCAUGGAGAUCGCCAGGAACGCGGCUCUUAAAAACUGAGAGGUCCUGGAAAAGGCCAUGUGCAGCCUGAGAGACCUUCAGCAUCCAGCCAGCCAGCCUCACCCUCCUGUCUCUCUGUGUGUGAACAAACACUCAGCGGUUUCUCUACUCUCAUCUGACAGAGGAAAUUAAUCAGAAACUCAUUUAUUCUCCUGCCGCACAUCUAUUCAUUUCACAGACUGUGACCACUGCCAACUUGUGUUCUGAUCAGUAGCUGAAGAGCUGCCCUUCAUGGGCCUCAAUCACUUUAAAGCCCACCACGUACACACAACAACUUCUCGGGGCCCCCGGACUGAGACAGACGGCACACACAUACAGUACGCUUGACGCUCAGAUGCACACUUAGACACACAAACCAAGAAACACAUCAAAAAGAAGUGGAUGAUAUAAUCUAUGAUGGCUGUAACUGGUGGUGAUGCAACAGUGAACCAAUGCUUUCAGAAGCCUGCCCUCUACAGAGGCAUAGCUCCCACUACAACAAGAUCAAAGGCAAUUUACAGGAGCCUCACAUCCCUCCCCGCGGCUUCAAAAAUCAACUCAAACCUGAGAAAAUGAAUUGUGGGAUUGUGUUUUUCAUCCCACCUUUCUGCUCUGGCGCUCUGUUGCUCCCUCUGCAUUUCCAGAUCUACUGCAGGUCCUCUUUAGACAUUGCAGGGAAGAGUAGGAUUUAAUACCCAUAAGUGUUGAUGGCAUUCAUUUUCUAUUUUUGUACAGAUGCUGCAUUAUUGUUGGGCACAGAUGUUUACAUAUAAAGUGUCUACUUGCAAUGGAUGGAGUGUUAUUCUCUUUUUAGCCACUUAGCAUGUGCAGUAACAUAAAACUGAAGGAAUAAAGUGUAUCUUAAGUUUUCAUUUUGACCACUUUAACCCUUCAGGCCCAUUGUUUGACCUUGUCAUGAUAUAGACAAACUCGUCUGCCCUGUAAUAAACAUAAAAAUAAAAUAUGCCUGAAAUUAACA